UGUGGAGCUCAUUGUGUUUUUAUUUCUUAGCUCUACUUUCACUUAACACACUUCGAUUCUCUUCAUCUUGCACAGAGCCCAACAAGUGUGUACCUCGAAUUGUGUGUCCUCAUGGAUCAAUCGUUAAUUACGACAGUGGCAUAUUAUUGUUUCGACAUAAACCUUUAUGUGAUUUGUAUACUGUCUGUUGUGCUCCCGUAAUUCAAGAAUCUACUAUUUAUCGAAAUGAUCUGUAUGGGGCGUUUUUAACAUCGGAGCCGAGUGUUACAAGUGUUACAUCAGAAAAACCUUCAACUCAUAUGGUCAAACAAGUAAAUGAGAUUUUCAAUCUAGCAACUAAGUUGCCUUGUCUUAGAACAAUAUCUGAAGAGCCUACGAUUUCUUUGAAUGACUUGAUUGAAACAGAUUUUAAUACUGAAAACAGAAAAGAUUCCGAAGCUCAGGAGCCCAGUAUUUAUUUCAAACCUAAAGGUUGCGGAUACAGCAACCAAAAUGGACUCGAAGCGACUCAGGCAAGUGCAGAUAAUGAGGCGGACAUCAAUGAAUUUCCCUGGGUAGUAAUUGUAUAUAAUCGUACUAUUGAAAAUAUUUUGGGAGGUGGCUCUCUAAUAGCACCCAAUGUAGUGCUAACGAAAGCUAAACACAUUGCAAAUAUGUCGCCACGAGAUAUCAUAAUUAGAGUUGGUGAAUGGCACACAAAAAGUAAAAUUGAGUCCUAUCCAUCUGAGGACAAGGAAGUGACCACAAUCGAGAAACACAGCCGAUUCAAUGACACUAACGGAGAUUAUAAUGCGGCGUUACUUAUUUUAAAAAGUUCCUUCAAAAUCCGUCCUAAUAUAAGUCCGAUUUGCUUGGCCCCAGAGAGGACAUCAUAUGAUUCUUCACGCUGCUUCGUUGCUGGAUGGGGCAAGAAGAUCCAUGAAGAUGAUGAUAAUUCAUUUGCCCUAAUUCAAAAGAAGAUUGAUCUCCCAAUUGUUGGUAGAUAUCGCUGUGAAUCGUUAUUGCGACAAACAAUUUUGGGCGUCGACUUUCAGCUUAAGGAGAGUUUUAUUUGUGCUGGCGGUGAGAAGGAUAAGGGCUCCUGCAUUGGUGAUGGCGGUGCACCCCUUUUUUGUCCUAUUCCACGGCAAAAAAAUCGCUAUGUCCAGGUGGGCAUUGUCAAUUGGGGUAUUCUGUGUGGUUAUGAAAAUGUGCCCGCUGCUUAUACGUCCGUUUCGUACAUAAGAUCAUGGAUCGAUCAGAAGAUGAUGGAACAUUCAGUUAAUUCAAGUUAUUACACAGCCUGAUAUAUGUAUGAUAAGAAUUAAGUCCACAUUUAUAAUUUAAUAAAGUAGUUGAACAUGGGAAAAGGCUUAAAGGACAACUAUGGAACGAUGAUGAAAGAAACUUUUCCCUAAUUCAGAUACCCCUGGGCACUGUUUACGUAAAUUCAAGUUGACUUGUGCUUUACAUUUAAUGGAAGGGAAAAAAUUUUUAUUAAAAAUGUGCUACGAUAAACGAGAGAGAUGAAAUUUUUGAUUAUAAAGUCGACUUUAUA